AUGGCCGAGAAAAAGGAAUAUGAAUUUAAAUGGGAUGGAAAAGAAAUAAAACACCGGUGGGAUGGUUUCGUGAAAUUUGGCAACGCAUCAGCAGUAGAAAUGACUGGCAAGAAUUUUGAUAAAUGGCUAAAAGAUGCUGGUGUUAUUGACAGCAAAAAUAUCACGACAACGAUGACCGGCAUUGCGUUCUCCAAAAUCACCGGAUCCAAAAAGAAGGCAAAUUUUAACGAAACUAAAGAUAUUUUGGCUGCUGUUGCAGAAGAUCGAGCGCGGAAAACAAAAAAGGAUCCCCAGUCAAAAUGA